AUGGAUAGUAAAUUGAGGCGAGAUAUAUUAAGAAGGAAGCAUUUCGAAGUGCUAGUAGAUCAGCUGUCUAUCGAUGUUACCGGCUUGUUAAUCAAUGUGAUUCGCUCACUUACUACAAGUGUUUCGGAGGACCAGCGCGAGCUAGAAAAGUCUCGACUUCAGAAAGGGUUCCAGGAGUCCGAAGCUCUUAUAGACAGACUUGUCCGAUCGCAUCAAAAAGAUGUUGAGGAAUGCUUGGAUUCUUUUAGAGACGUUUCGACACGAAUAUCAGCAUGUCGUGAGCGAAUUCAUAAUGUGCGCAAUGCGCUGCAGACGUGCAAGACUCAUCUAGAAUGUAGGAGAGAUGACCUCAAGAAACUAUGGCUUGAAAAUUCGCAGCAAAAGCACAUCUGCGAGUUGAUGGCGCAGCUAGAAGAGCUCAAAGAAGCCCCGUCUAAAAUUGAAUUGCUGAUGAAUCAAGGCAACUAUACAGAUGCUGCGAAGAUAACUAGCACGUCGAAUGAUCUGAUCAACGGUCGACUUUCUAAAAUAGAAGCUCUUGGUCAGCUGAAAACUCUAAUUCGCGACGCGUCAGAAACUUUGCGCGAGAGAAUAGUCGAUCAGAUUGUGGACAUAUUGGUGGUGGAUCCAUUCGAAAGCCAUAUGUUCGACCUUAUACAUGCCAUGCCAGAGCAGAAGGUGAUGGAGUCCGAGCAAUGCUCUCGUCUGAAUGAGAAGGCAAAACGAGCUCGAUCAUUGGAUCCGGUUGAGUCACGUCUUCGAGUCGUGGUGAAUGCUCUAACGGAACUAGGUGGCGGAUCGUUUGAUAUUGACCGACUGAUGACGCUAUCAAAAGCCCAAAUCGAAAAACAGGUUGCCGCAUCUGUAUCUCUAAUGAGAAUACGAGCCUCAAUAGAUGAGAAUCUAGCUGGUGAUCAAACCCACUUGACACAGCUAGUGCAAAUGAUUGCUUGCCAACUAGAGUCAUCUCGAGGUGCCCAUAAUGUGCUAGAAAAAAUUCUUUCGGAUUCUUCUGGAGCCACUAUCAUGAAGUCUUACUGGGAUGGCGCUCAGAAUGCUGUAGAGGCUCUGGUUUCGGAUCAUCUUGAUAUUACUCCAUUGGCUGCCAAGGAACCAAUAGAUUCCAAGAAACCUCUGUUUCGUUUUGAUGCUACAGCUUUUGCCAGUGGCACAUCAACAACUGAUCCUAGCAUGCAGAGUCCAUUGGUCGUUUGCCGUCCAUCCGCAUUUAACAUCGUGCCAAUGUUCCCAUGGCUGCGAAAGUUGAUGGAUUCCAUUGAGAAAGAGACCGGAGAGUCGCCUUGUCAACUAAGGCGUUUUGUCCACUCCUUUGUCAUGGAACUGUUUGUGGAAAGAGUCAAGGCUGGUCUUGCUGAUCGUAUUGAAAAUGCUUUGAGGAGGUCUGAUAACACCAGAUCGCGGAGUGUAGCCAAUGCCAAAGUGCUUCCUUCUUGUGAGCGUGUUCUGGAGCUCUGCCAAGAGGUCCAUGGUCUUAUCGUUUCUAUGGAUUUAUAUGCAGACCGCUUCGCGGCUCUUUGGCUUCUUGUCCUCACUGAUUACAACAAAAAUGUCACGGAUAUGUACGAGAGGACUACCAAAUCGUUGAGCGAAGUUGAUGGCGUGGCCUCAAGGCGUAAAAUUAGCGCCGCGUGGGCCGCUGACGAAGACAUCUCGCGUCUGCUCAUGAGCCUCCCUAAUUGGCAGAUGGCUGCUAACGAGGCGACUCCGAACACACCCAGUGUUCCAAAUCUCGAAAGCGAAAAGGAAAUUCGUCAGCGGAAUGAGCGUGAAUCGGAAAUCUUGAUUGGGAACCUUGCAACUCAAAAGAAUAUUGAGAGAGCCGAGCUGUUGACAGAUAUGGGUGACGUGCGAGCAUUAGCAGCUCUUCAUGAAAGCUUGCGAUGGUUUGCUUGUGAGGUUCGUGGUCUCAUGGCGAGCCUUCCACAACAUGUCAAAUCAACAUUGCGAGGUUGUAUGGUACAAGUUAGAUUCAAGGAUGGACAAAUUACUGAUAAUGAACCCGUCCUGGAUGCCAUGGAAGACUGUAUUGGUCGUUUGGACACGAUAUCAGAUACAUGCCUUUUGAUGUUACAUCUGGAGCUUCGUGUCCACUGCUUCUUCCAUCUUCUACCAUUAGCCAGACCAAGAAACGUCAGUGUUCAUGAGGAGUUGGAUCCAGAGGUUAUUGAGUUGGGACGUGAUUUACAGUCUUUCUACCAGCUUCUUUCGUCCAUACUCUCGCAACCAAAACUUCGUUAUAUAUUCGAUGGUUUGGGACAUCUGUGCGCCGCUAUAUUUAUUCACUCAAGUCAGCACAUGCCACGCUUAUCGGAGGCGGGAAAGAAACGAGUAUGCCGAAACAUCUGGGGCGUACAACAGCGACUGUCACAAAUCACGUCCAGAAGAGAGGCAGAGCUGGACAGAGCCAGAGCCUUCUUCGAGCUUCUAGCGCACGAACCGGAUCGCCUACUUGCCCAGUUGCCUGACCGUCGCUCACAGUUCACCCCCGUGGAAAUGAACCAUCUGGUUGCUCUCUCCGUUCGCUCUCAUCCAACACUUGCAAGUCAACAUGUAGAGUUUGGCAAUGGCGCACUUUUUUGUGGGAGUGGUCUCGCUGUGUUGUUUGCCGCCGGUUUGCCUGCUGUUGAUUACACUGUGGCGUACUAUUUAUACAUUGUCCGAAUUUCUCGCUGGAAUGCUGACACUCACUUGAGAGCUCAUGAACGCUCUUUACCUGUUGAUCAGGAUGCCAUUCUUCGAGUUGAUACCUGCCAACUAGCUGCCAAUAGCCCCAUAGAGGAUUUUUACUCAGCUGCAAAGUGCUUGUCAUCAAAUGCGUUUUUAUUUGGUGUCUUCGAUGGACAUGGUGGCCAUUCAUGCAGUAGACACGUGUCUAUCUCGUUGUUUUCGUAUAUAUGUGCUUCAGUUUUGCAAAAACACGAGGUAAAACUUCUUCCACCUGAUGGUCGUCUCCAAUGGCUUUUCAGUAGCGCAGACACCCAUUUACCAAAUUUGUUUAUCGAAUCUGAGAAAGAUCAAAUAAUCGACUAUUACAAAUCUUUUAUUGAGCACAAGGAUCUCCAUACAGUCCGUGAUGCCCUCAAACUCGCCUUCGAAAUGUGUGAUGAGAACUUAUGUAAAGCAGCUUUACCUGACAAUCGUGGUCAGAUUGAUAGGUUGUCGGUGGCUACGGCCGCUGCGGGUUCUUGUGCCACACUUGCUCAUGUACGAAAAGGUAACCUUCAUGUAGCUAAUGUAGGAGACGGCGCUGCUGUCUUAGGCGUUGUAAACGCAAGCGGCAAUGUCAUAGCACGGCAACUCUCUAGAGCUCACUGUAUAGAUAACGCAGAUGAGGUGCAACGGAUACGUUCGGAGCAUCCCAUGUAUGAGACGCAUAUACUUCGAGGAGGGAGAUUAUUAGGGGAACUAUAUCCAUUACGAGCAUUUGGUGACGUGCGGUUCAAAUGGCCUUUAGAUCUGCAAAAGGUCGUUCUUGAACCCAUGGGUAGUCCCGCACCUCCACAUCUUCAUACACCUCCCUAUUUAUCAGUCUCACCAGAAGUCUUCUACCAUAAACUAACUCCUAAUGAUAAAUUCUUGGUAAUUGCCACUGAUGGCUUAUGGGAAUGGCUCGAUCCGGAUACUGUAGUACGGCUAGUGCAUGACCAUACACUUGGCACUAUGACAUUACAACCAUAUCAGCCAAAGAAUGGUAUAACACUAAAGCAGGUCAUGAUGGACAUUCUGGAGCGAAGGAUCGGAGCCAAAAGUCAUAAAAAGCCUAUCGAUGAAAAUUGUGCCACACAUAUCAUCAGACAUGCGCUCGGUGGAGUAAGCGGUGGAGAGAGCAAACAGUACGAAAGGUUGAUCGAUAUUCUACAGAUACCUCCUGGACGGGCUCGUAAUUAUCGUGACGACAUUUCCGUUAUAGUGGUACAUUUCAAUGAAAAGUAUCUAGCAGAUGAGGAAUCUGUCUCUUCCCUAGAGGCGAUGGAGAUGCAAGCUAAAUAGCACUUCUUUGAAAGUCAAGAACAUUCUUGUUUGAAUAGGGAUCAUAUCUAUUUGCUGUAUAAUAUUGCAAUUGAUGAAAUGCUCUCCAGGCGCAUAGUCACAUCUCGUAUAUGGUUUCUGUCAGUGUAGUUAGGUCUUGUGUAGUAUUGUGAAUGUUGAUAUAUGCGUCUAGGAAAUAUUCUUCCAGUAUUAGACGACAAUUGACUAUAUAGACGGGCUAUUUUGUAAGAAUAAAUGCUGAAUCGCUUUA